AUUUUAAUUUAUUUUGUAUUUAUUUGUUAAUAUCUACUAAUGGAUUUAUUUUAUAUCUUUAUUUAUUAUUUGUUUUGCAUAUACAUAUUUUAAGAGACAGUGACCUACAUUGGACUACGAGAGGUGUGUGAUGCAAGACUCGAGACAAAGACAGAGUGAGGAAGGCAUGGAUUCAAAGGAAGAGAAAACCCCUUCACAAAAAAAAUAUAGAGGGACAACAAGGAAAUCCAUGAUUAUAAGGAAUAGGAAUAGAGGGAUAAAGUUGGUCAUAAAGUACAAUGCUAAUGGUAUCUAUGUAGGAGAAUCUUUUGUGCACCUAACAAGCUACUUAGGUGUAUUGGCACGUACGAUGGUACCAAUCAGAUAUAACACAUGGCGAGAUGUCCCUGAACAAUUGAAGGAUAAGUUGUGGGACUCUAUUGAGAUUGCUUUUACAUUAGACAAGAAAAGCAGAAGGAAUUGUAUGCUUACAUUGGGAAAAUGUUUUCGAUCUUUUAAGAACACGUUGACUGUGAAACAUAUUCUUCCUUUCAAAGAUGAGCCAGAGCUUCUUAAGAAACCACCAGCUGAAUAUCAUUUUAUCGAUGAUGAAGAUUGGAAUAUUUUUGUGAAAAAUAGGUUGUCUAAAAAAUUCUAG